AUGGACCCGGCGGACCUGCCCGAGCUGAUCGUGGCUGAGAGCAAGGGCGACGUGAUUGCCAAGACGUGGGCCUUCUGCCCCAUCACUGGCGACCUGCUGAUCCUGGAUGCCGCGGCGGGGGUGGCCCGCAGCGAGCGCGCCGACUUCUCCCGCCCGCUGUCCGACCUGGACGACACCAUGACCGUGGUGACCACCUCCGACAUGGAUGUGUACAUGCGGCAGUACGCCAUGGAGCCGCUGAUCAAGAGCCGGGAGCAGCUAGAGUUUGAGGAGCUGCUGAAGAACAGGGUACGGGCGACGGUGGAGGAGCCGUGCCCGCGAUGCGGCAACCCCAUACUCGAGUACUACACCAUGCAGCUGCGGUCGGCGGACGAGGGGCAGACCGUCUUCUACGAGUGCCCCAAGCGCGACUGCGGCUACCGGUACAGCACCAACAACUGA